UCGGUCCCACAGUCGUACGCAGUUUACUCAGGCCGGGGCAUGUGUUGGUUACAUAGCCCGGCSCAGUCUUCCACAGACUGCGUGGCCUGGGGCUAAGGUGCAUUGGGGGUUUCCCGCGUCGCGCAGUCACCGCUGUGUGGUUGAACAUGGAACGCCAACACUCUCCUGCGGGUGCGCCGACGUCGCCGAGUUCCCCGUUGCUUCCGACGCCUGUGGCGUUCGCAUUGCCGUCUGCCGCAUGCAUCACCCUGGCAGGCUCUCCGUUGUACCAUGACAUUUCACGCGGUCGUGGGCGAGGGCGUUUGGAUCCGCACGGACGUAGUAGAAGCGAUGUUGUACUGGCGAGACCAGCGACCAGGCAGCGUUUGGACGAAAGGAUGUCGGUCGUCCCAUUUCCUCCUGUCGCGAGUUCGACAACCGUCACGCAUACUCCUUUCCCGAGUCAUCUGUGCAAUCUCAUUGCUGCAAUUUCUCCUAUGCCAACGUUCUCCGGGGAUCCGAUGAAGUCUCCUUUUGCGCAAUCCGCUAUAAUUCCAAUGCGCCCUCCUCUUUCGUCACCUCUUGGGCUGCUCGCUAGGGUGUUGCCGACCCCAAUUUCCGGAUGUACUUCUAUUGAUGGGGUUUGUCACGGUAGUCCAGACCCCUCGCAUGCCGCUUUCCAUGGCGCGUCGUGUGUGCCUUCGUCCACAUUUCCUCGGCCACCGUUGUUGCGGUGCUCGCCCCCUGACAGCGCCGGUGGAGUUCCCGGGUUGGGUGUCAUUGCGUCCACCCCCCUUCAUGAGCCAGAAGAGGUGCAACCUUUCAAUGACAGACUGCGGCCACCGUCCUGCACUCCCGUCUCCACGGAUCAUGCACCCGAUGGGGUUUCGCCGUAUAACGAUAGUGAAGUCGGGAUGAGUUUCUCGCCUGCGUCGCACAGGGUCAGGUCUAAUUCUCGGCAUGUUCGAGAAAACGUGUCCUCAACACGGGAAAGAGGUGGAGGUGACGAUAGAGAAGAUAUCCUAUCCUUGUCACAUUUGCAAGUUGCAAUUCGCGUGCGGGAAAGGGUGCACUUGGCACUGGAAUUCCGCGAAGGUUCAAGACAGUGGCUGCGACACGUGGAACGAGUUACACAAAGGAGCUUCAAUAAGGUCAUCGCACGUUUGCGCAGAUCUAACUAUCCGGUUAUCGUAUUGGUCGACGGCCGUUACGACUCGUCCCGUGACAUACAACAUUGUAUGGUGACGGCGCUGGACUUGAAGUCUGGGAUGAUCGUGGGUACGGAGACGAUGCUGAGGGGGGGCGAGUCGUCGUGGAGGCUGGAAACGCAGUGCGUGGAGAAGCUCCUUCAUCGAUUGAAGGACGAACAUAACCUCAUAAUCGUUGAGGUUGUGCAUAACGACUGUGGUGCGGUUGACGUCAUCCUGCGACGAAUGAACAUUGACUCGCAGAAGUGUAUGUGGCACAAAGCCAAGACUUUGGUGAAACGCUUGCGAGAGGCAGUGCGUGCCACGAAGACUGUCAAGCCAUCUGUGGUGGGCGCUUGCGAGCACGUUCGCGAGGUGAGGUGUUUCACAAAGAAGGAGUUCGAAGUGUGGCUCGAGACGAGGGGUGUGCGCGUGCCUGGGGCUGCCACGAAAAAGAAGGACGAGCUUGUGGAGAUAGUGUGGGGUGUGUUGUUUCCCAACGAAGCAGGGAAGCCGUUGGAAGAUGACGUUGUCGAGAUCGACGCGUUGGAGGGCUUGCAUUGCAAUGUGGCGGAUGAGGCGAAGGAAUGGUUGUACGGUGCUUGCCGGAUGCGCGAACGGGCGCAGGAUGACGACGGCGAUGUGUUGGCCUCACAUGUGCAACACCUGGCCGAUCAUUGGGCUGGGAAUCACUCGAUGUGUGGCAAAGAGUUGUUGAACCUGUGCAAGGCGGCUGGCGGUUCAGAGAGAGAGCCAUUGUACGAGGCUGGGGGUCGGGUUCAUGCCGCCGUUUCUCGAUGUUUGCAGCAGUUCGCUUCCAACACGAAGAUGGCAUACUACACACGUGCGAGAAUGACGUUCAACAACGAAUGCUUCCACUCUGUGAUCAACAAGUACUGCACGAAACGAUUGAACUUCCCAAAGUCGUAUGAGGCGCGGGUUUGUUGCACGGCACUGGAAUGGAACAAGAACAAACGAAUCAGGCCAUCGCACACUACAUCCCGCAAACCCACGAACAGCACCCAUCGACGACGCUCCGCAAGACGUCACAUUUACCCCGGUCGCGACACAUCGUGGCGAUUCGACAUUGCAACUGAAGAUUUUGGGAGUCCUCGGGUCGGUGACUGGACUCGUAACAUGUUGCAUCAAUCGGACGCCGACGACCCGGUUGUUGAGCAUGUUGAUGUUGAUGCUCAUAUGAGACUGUCGAUUGCUGGUGAGAGCGUAGCCUGGGGUGACGAAGGUCAAGGUGCCAAUAUUUUGUUCGAGUCUACGAGCGACGAUGACUCGGAUGAUGAGAAGUCACCAUCGGAUUCCGAAUGCGAAGGUGCCGCUCAGCGCCUCGACUUUGACGGUGUUGUGCUAUCGCAGGAGGUGUCUGUUGUGCGGAAGUGAUAGCGGCCGAUAGUCUGUUGUGCGGGAGUGAGAGCGGCAUUUGGUCG